CUCAUUUAUAAAACACUUGUAAAUCUACUGCUUAGUUUCCAAAUUAUUUGUCUAAGUUAAAUUCCAGUUAGUAAAAUGGAUCACGCCAUAACGCCGGAGCCGCACUUGGUGCCAGGGUACACUGGACACUGUGCCCAGAAUCGCGACAGAGUAGGCCGUACUUAUGGAAGACAAACCCACAAGCUGCUCAUAGAUCCCUGCAUUUACCAUGCUCCGGAACUUAUUGUGCCACCCAUUCAUGCAAAGAGAGGGCUGAAGGAUUAUCCAACCGAGCAAGAGUUGAAGAUUCUGCGUACUCGAGAGGGGCUGGUGGACUCUGUUUACAGGCAUCCCAUUAUACCGGGCUACGCCGGAUUUGUGCCGAAUAUACGGAGUCAGACUGGCAAGCGGUAUGUGGCCGCCGCUUCUGCGGGAGUGGCUCGCCAUGAGACCCUGAUGGAGUGGUAUCGCUGCGAAAAGCGAACGCUGAAUCAUAGGGAUCUGCUUGAAAGCGGGAAAGGUCUGUUCGACCGCAAGAUUAACGAGAGGUUGCUACCACAGACCUACUACCGGUCACCAUUAAUUCCGGUGACCGGGGUGUCCAAGGGCAUCAAAGAUGAGUGCUGUCCACCAAAAACCGAGAAGCUGUCCUACAGCAAGUUCACAUCGCCGCACUUCCUGGAGGACGAGGAUGCCGACAAGUUUAUUAUCAACGGAUACGCCGGACACAUUCCCAUGUCAGUGACCCGAUUCGGGGAGUCCAACAAGGUACUCACCCGCCGGGCGUUGUGCAGCUUCUCGGACUACAUGUACAAGCGGAAGCGGGAUACUUGGUGCUGUGGACAGGAUCUCACCCGGCCUGCCAUCACCUGUCCGCCCGUGGAGCACUUUAUCGUCUACCACAAAGACGACGGCAUGGUGCCUAGUUAUGCGGGCCACGUCCCCGGGGAAAUGUACAAAUUCGGGCGCACGUACGGCAAGACCACUUACGACGCCAAGCGCUGGCUGGAGGUGCAUAAGAACCUCACUGUGCUGCCAGAGGUGGCCAACCUGGACUACGCCUACUAAGGAGCCCCAUUUAAGGGUAUCUCCCCUGGCACAAAUUUUAAACUGUAACGUUUUCCGCAGAGCGUUGCCACAACUUGCAGUGAAUGCAAUAUUAACUGGCUAUCUUGCACCUGGUCCCACCGGCGAUUGUUGUGAUGUAUCGAUACAACAACAACAUCCCCAGCUUUCUAUCUACGUCGUUUGUUGCAGCAAAUAAAUAAGUUUUAAUUGA